UAUUCAAUUGAUGGGAGAUUCGCAAAACUCAUUGGCUAGCACGCAACCAUCAGAGUCGGACGAUCUUGGUGUUAUUCAAGAAAGUGUGAUUCAGGACACUACCACUAAAGGCGAAGUUCCGCAGGCGGGCACGCUCUUCUACUAUCUUGAUCUCCUGAUCACAAAUAUCUCGCAAAAGUACGAAAUUGAUAGGAUCCAGAUAAGUCUACUCCUGCUCCUGCUCUUCUUGCUUGCGUCCUUCUGCCUUUGCAUUGCUAUUGCUUGGCGGUAUUACUCACCCAUAAUCAUCGACUUCGCUCUCAAAGAGGAACAAGAAAGAGUGCGCAGAAACAGCGAAAGAGACAAGCAGGAUAGAGAAAAGAAAAACGAGUAAUCAUGGACGCUUUCAAAAAUUUUCUCAAGAAGAAGAAAGUUGAGAAGCACUUCAAGAAAUCGGGCCCAGGCCAAAAGCUUGAUACUGGCUCAAGCACUCCUGUCCCAAGCAUAACCGCUGGUGCUGCGCAAGGUGGCGGAAUUGAUCGUAUCGCUGCCUCCGACAUUGCCGCGCAAGCUGCUAUGAAAAGACUGUACAAGGAGCCUCCUAAAAUUAGUAGUAGCCAGAAGAAAAUCCAAAUGAUUGUCCAACGUGAGCUGGAGGAAGAACGACGUCGUCAAGAUCCCAGAUAUGCCAUGGAACAACUAGGCUUGCAGGAGAAAAGACCUGGUCCUGAAGUUCGCGAGUUUGAGCACGCUGAUGUCAUCAAGGGCGUCUACUUCACUUGUGAGCUGCUCGGAGGCGAUGAGGCUAUGACAAAGCCUGAUCUCAUGCAAGCUCUCGAAGAGUUCCUGAUUUCUCACUUAUCAACCAAGGAUGAGGAUACGGUGGUGCCUGCGGUACUCCUUUUAUACUCGCUCAAUAAAAAACAGCCUAAGGAGACCGCUGUGGAGACGAUUGGAAAAUAUCUGCAAAACAUUAUCGAAAACCCAGAAGAACCAAAGUUUAGAAGAAUUCGCCUAUCGAACAAGGCAUUUCAGGAACGAGUUGCUGCUGUGAAAGGUGGUCGCGAGUUUCUCACUGCUGUCGGCUUCGAAGAGAAGAUGCAACCCUUCAAGGAAGGAGAUGAACCGGAACCUUUCCUUGUUAUGAAUGAAGAAGCAGCUCUCAAUACUGGCAAACUUAUAGCCGCUCUGGAAAUGUUGCGAGAUGGUCAGAGUGUUCCGAUAAAGGUGUCGAGAGAAACUUCCAUUUUUGCGUUACGGGAAAACGAACGUGUUCCUGUACCGAGGUUGCCACCUGACUUCUUCGAUCUGACGCCGGAGGAAAUUAAGCGAGAGCAGCAGAUGAGAACGGAAGAAAUGAACAGGAACUUGAUGUUGCGUACAAGAGAAAUGCGUGAAAGGGACGAAAAACUACGUCAAUAUACAUACAAGUACACUCUGGUUCGUAUCCGUCUCCCCGACCGAUACGUACUUCAGGGAACUUUUGGCUGUUACGAGCCCUUGUCCGCUGUGCGAGAGUACGUCGCCAAAUAUCUCGCGAAUGAGGCUGCGCUGUUCUCGCUGCGAAAUCCAGUGAAAGGUGGUGAACCGCUUGGAGAUGAGUCAAAGACCCUAGCUGCACUUGGACUAGCUCCUGCAGUUGUGCUUCAUCUUGAUUUUGAUGAACCUAUGGAUGGUCCCAGUUUGUCGCAAGAAUAUAUCGACGCUGCUGUUCCUCUCGCUGUACAUUAG